UGACUAUUGUUCGAAUUUCUGAAAAAAAUAAAUGGUGGUAUCCAGCAUGCACCAAAUGUCCAAAGAAACCAGCAAUGAACCGUAAGACAAUGCAAUGUCGCGAAUGUGGAUCCAUUGACUACUGUUUCAGAUAUAGAUUAAGUUUUAUUGCAUCUGAUGGAACCGCUGAAGCAAAUAUGUUCUGCUUCGAAAAUGUCGCUACAAAAAUUGUUGGAAAAUCAUCAGCUUCACUCUUAGCUUCUGCAGCAGAUCCAGAAAUAACUCCACCGGAUAUUGCAGCUAUUGUCUCCCUCAAAUUUACAUUUGUUGUCACUUAUGACAAUGAAUCUUAUGGAGGCCAUAGCAAGAUAUUCCUUAUCAGAUCAAUUCUAGCAACAUAUGGAAGAGACUCUUUACUGCCACAAAUACAAGAAAAUGUGGACAUUACCUAUCCAAACACUCCAAUGCAACUCACAGCUAAAGAACACAAGUCUCCAUCUACAGCAAUGUCAAAUCUGACAACCAACUCACCACCUCAUGCCAAGCGUGUGCUAACGUAUCUUAGCUCACAAACCUCUACUUCGGAAAAGGAUGACCUUUCAAAACAAAAGGGGCCACAGGUAAGUCUCUAAUAAAAGCUCGGAUGGUACUAUUAAAAUGAAACUAUCUAUAAAAACAUUAAUACAUACAUUCAUUUUUACUUAACAGAUGCCA